CUAGCCAUGGACAUAGCCGAGGAACUUAAAAAAGGCUUGUGCAGUCAUCCUAAAUACAUUCCAGUUUCCCUUCGUUAUGACCACCAAGGUUUGCAUUAUGAUGCGCAGUGUUAUGAUUUGGAAGAAUAUUACCAUUACAGAGCAGAAGAGACCAUCAUAAAGACAAGCAUUAAGGAUGUUGUAUCCAACCUGUAUAUUCCCUGCAAAGUAUUUGACAUAGGAUGUGGAGAUACAAAGAAGUCACAAUUAUUAUUAAAUGAACUACUACAAUAUCAGAAUACGGUAGACUACGCACCUAUUGACGUUUCCAAAGAUUCUCUGAAUGAAGUUUGUGAUGUCCUAUAUCAGAUUUAUGGGGAUGGCCUCAAAGUGGAUCCAAUGCCAGAUGAAUUUUUUAAGGCAAUGAGCAAGAUACGUAAUUAUAGAGGACCGAAAAUUCUUCUGUGGAUAAGUGGACUGCAGUGUUUUCCAAAAGAUUCCCAGCUGAAAAUGUUGUCUAAUAUCUCUUCCACUUUGGAAGAAAAUGAUGUCUGUUUGAUAACAGCUGAUAUUACCCAAAAUAAAGAAGUCAUCGAAAGAGCUUACCUGACUUUCGAUGAAACACGUCCUAAUUCAAAACUUUAUACAAAUGGUGUCCAUGUGCUGAAUAGAGAAUUUGAAACAAACAUUGAUAUUUCACAAUUGAAAUUGGAGGGAAGAUAUGUUGAAGACAAGGACGUUUCAAGCUCGAGUUACAUACAAGUGUGGCUGCACUCUCUUUGUAAACAAUCAUAUAAGAUAGAUAAGUUGGGGAUGACACUAACUUUGGAAGAAGGGGAGAAGUUAAUGUUACAUGGGGGUAAUGGAAUGAGUCAUAAAUACACAAUUUAUCAACUUGAAUAUAUGUUUGCAAAAGCUCGUUUACGUAUUUUAAAGAAAUGGGAAAAUGAAAAUUCCGCCCUGUUACUUUGCAAGCGGGAAAUGUGAUGCACGCUUAGUGAAAUGUUUCUUGUUCAUUGAUCAACAAUAAU